UGUUACGCUCAGUGACACUCGCCGAUAAUAGCGCCUACCCGAAUGGAGAAGGUUCGGUGAUGGAACGUUCUCGAAGGGUCUCGAUGUUUCCGGAAUGUCGUGGAAACACGAUAACGGACCCCAAUUAUACUAGAGAGUUCUCGACCAUUCUGGAUCUUUCGAGAAUGUUCCACAGAUAUCGAUCGAUCGAUAGUACAUGCGGCCGGGUAAAAAAGGAGCGCGCGCGGCCGCGUGCGAGUGAGUGUUGUUUACAACGCGAUCGAGAGCGAUAACUGCGAGUGAUAUCGAAGCGAAUACAGUGAAUUGUGUGGCGCGGUGUUCGUGAUUAAGUGAUUUAGUGUUACAGUGUUAAUUCACGUGCUGUUGUGUUUGUGUUAGUGAUUUUAUACAAGACUUUUGUAGAAAAUAAAGUGUGGUGUUAUUUUAAGGUCUAAUCGGUAUUUUCAUUGUCUAUCGGGAACCCUAGCACGUAACAUUUGGUGUCAGAAGUGCGAUAGACAAUGCCGCUAUUACCGAAAGAAGACGAAAGUUCUAGCAUCCGCACCCGUAGUCAACGCCACCAAGAGAUGGACCGGGGGCGUUUCGAAGAUUCCCCGGCGCAAGCGAUGCUUGAACAGACGACGAGACAACAUCCUGCUGGCCCAUCUGGAGUUUCCACAGCAUCGACACCUACGGACCUCAUGGCAAUUAUGGCGAUGCUACAAGAGCAGGCUCGCCGUCAGGAAGAGCAGGCUCGGCGUCAGGAGGAGCAAAUGGCUCGCCUUCAGGAAGAGCAGGCUCGGCGUCAGGAGGAGCAAAUGGCUCGCCUUCAGGAAGAGCAGGCUCGGCGUCAGGAGGAGCAAAUGGCUCGCCUUCAGGAAGAGCAGGCUCGGCGUCAGGAGGACCAAGCUAGGCGUCAGGAGGAGCAGAUAGCUCGACUUUUAGAAGAACAGACUGCUCGUCAAGAAGAGCAGAUAGUUCUGAUUAAAGAGUUGAGAACUACGAUCGGCCAGGAACUCAAAGUGGUGAAGGACCAAGUUGAUCGGCACGAGCAGCGUAUUUCAGACGCUGAAGCUCGGAUCGCCGAUGUUGAGAAGAAGAUAGAAACACGCGGAAGUGGGCCCGUACUGCUGACACCUUCAUCCCGAGGAUUUAAGGUACCUCCAUUUGACGGAACAUCUUCGUGGUCAGCAUACAAAAUGCAAUUUGAAGCCGUCAUGCAGGCGAAUGGAUGGAGCAAGGAUCAGGCUAAGACUGCACUCACCCUGGGUUUACGUGAACAGGCGCUUACCAUCCUAGAGGCUCUUAGUAAAGAUGUGACCUACGAUCAAUUAGUUGAAGCGUUGGAAUCGAGAUAUGGUGAUUCUCAUCUGGAGCAUGUGUUUCGUGCUCAAUUAAAGGAUCGAGUCCAACGCAGUUCUGAAAACAUACAGCAGUGGGCCCUGGAAGUUGAGAAGCUGGUACGAAAAGCAUACCAGUCUUCACCUGGACUUGUAAAUGGAAUUCUGGUGCAGGCUUUCGUCGAUGGAAUCCGAGAUCUAGAAGUGAGGGCUGCUGUGCGACUUGGACAUCACGAGACGCUAAAGGAUGCGUUGGCCCAUGCGUUAGAAGUGGAGGCUGUACGACAAGAUCAUCGUGCACAUCGCAUUAGAGAGGUUACGGCGGCGCCUGUACGCCGGCGUCCGCAGGGGUACAGCCCUCGGUGCUUCAACUGUGGGGAAAUGGGCCACCUCCGCAUGAAUUGUACUAAGCGACGGAUUGAAAGGGGUGGAAGAACUGUUGAGGAGAGAUUAAUCAAGCUAAGAAAAUGUUAG